AUGAAAGUUAAAGAGAAAUGGGUUGGUGUCUACACAAGCAAGAUUAUGCACUUUGGUGCAACAACAACGCAACGAGUUGAAGGCACACAUUCAGCUAUGAAGCACGCAAUCGAGAGUUCGGGAAGUUUGACAAAGGCUUUUAAUUCUUUAGACAGGUGGUUGCGUUUGCAUUAUGAAGAGAGCUCAUUGCAAUAUGAAAAUGAAAGUAUAAAUAUUGACCCAUUGUUAGCACAAGAUGAUAAAUAUCGAUUAGGGCCACUUUUGGGAAAAGUAUCUCAGUUUGCGCUAAAUAGUAUAAAGAAUGAACUUCUCAGCACCACUACAUAUGAAGCUUGCUU